AUGUCUGCAGUUACGGGCACGUUUCGCAUCGUCUCUGAGGAGGAGCAGGCCCUGCGCACCAAGCUGGAGCGCCUCACCACCAAGGACCAUGGCCCUGUCUUUGGGCAGUGUGAGAAGAUCCCACCACACACCCUGCAGAAGGCGAAAGAUGAGCUGAAUGAGACAGAGGAGCAGCGGGAGGCGGCGGUGAAAGAGCUGCGAGACCUGGUGCGGGAGCGGGCUGGCAGCGGGGAGGACGUGUGCAAGGCGGUGGCCGAGAAGGUGCAGGGCAAAGACGACUCCUUCUUCCUCCGCUUCAUCCGUGCCCGCAAGUUUGAUGUCCACAGGGCCUACGAACUGCUGAAAGGCUACGUGAACUUCCGUCAACAAUACCCUGAGCUCUUCGACAACCUCACCCCCGAGGCCGUACGCAGCACCAUUGAAGCAGGCUACCCCGGCAUCCUGGCCAGCAGAGACAAGUAUGGCCGGGUGGUGAUGCUCUUCAACAUUGAGAACUGGGACUAUGAGGAGAUCACCUUCGAUGAGAUUCUUCGUGCCUAUUGUGUUAUCUUGGAGAAGCUGCUGGAAAAUGAAGAGACACAGAUCAACGGGUUCUGCAUCAUUGAGAACUUCAAGGGCUUCACUAUGCAGCAGGCAUCAGGGAUCAAACCCUCUGAGCUCAAGAAGAUGGUGGACAUGUUGCAGGACUCCUUCCCAGCCCGGUUCAAGGCUGUCCACUUCAUCCACCAGCCUUGGUACUUCACUACUACCUACAACGUGGUCAAACCGUUCCUGAAGAGCAAACUGCUGGAGAGGGUCUUUGUGCAUGGGGAGGAGCUGGAGUCCUUCUACCAGGAGAUCAAUGCUGACAUCUUGCCAGCAGACUUUGGUGGCAAUCUGCCUAAGUACGACGGCAAAGCAACUGCAGAGAAGCUCUUUGGACCCCGCAUAGAGGCUGAAGACACGGCGCUCUAA